AUGAAUUCGAGUCCCACCCCUGACCGAAACAACAUUGACUGGAUCGACUGGCCGCCAAAAAUCAAAACUCCCAUAUGGUUGGUCCUAUGGUGGGUUUUUCUCAGAGUAUUGGACUCUUCGAGGCCAGGACUGGCAAUGUUCCUCGCUAUGUUCACGGGGAUUUCCACAGUGGAAAUUCUUACCCGCCUGCGUUCAACCUCGUCGGGAAUUUUGCAAAUGGAAAAGAAUAUCGAGGAGACUUUUCCCGAUGAGAAGAGGAGGCUUGAGUGGUAUAUGAGCAAAGUUGAAGAGUUGGAAAGCAAGAUGAAGGAAACAGACGUGGAAGCAAGUUCGGGGAGCAGGUGA